CUUCUCAGCUGAUCGUACAUUCCGGUUUGACAAUUUCGUUCACCAACGCAAAAUGAUAUCAUUAUAAUUUAUGUACAGUGCAAAAUAACCGAUGGCAGCCACUAAUCCAGCUGCAGAAAAAGAUGACAAAGAAGAACAUAAACGAUUAGCACGAUUUGUGAAAGGCGUUCAUGCCGAUCUCAGAAAAAAGUUCAAAGCAAAUAAUGGUGAUUAUGCUAAGAUCUGGGAUGACCAUUGCCAGAACAAGGAGGUCCUGGCCCAGUAUGCGGAUGCCAUGCACCAUCUGGCGCUGGACCAUUGGUCCAAGAAGCCAGAGUCACGCAUAGACUGGUGCAGAGACACCUCCCUUGAGUUCUUCCACCAUGGAGGGCUUAAGCAGGCACUCGAGAAGGAUGCCAGGAAGAACAAAUAUCGGUCCAAAGAUGAGAAGGCUGCUGACGGAACACAGGUACAGCUAGGUGUGAAGGAGGAAGAACAGGAGCAAACACAGCCAAGGACAAAGACACAAAUUGACCCCUGGAAUUUCAGCUACAAUAAGAUCAGUCUGCCUUUUUCUGGGAAGAUCCGCCUGUUGGACGUAGGGAGCUGCUACAACCCCUUUGAGCAGUUUGAGGAGUUCCUUGCUAUAGGCAUUGACAUAAUCCCAGCAAAACCUAGCGUCUACCACUGUGAUUUCCUUCAUCUUGAGAUGACAGAUCCAUUGCAGGUUGCCAUGGAUACACUGGACACAUACGUCAGCAACUUGAAGGACCCGAUUGAGCGACUUCCUCGCCAGAUAUUCCAUGUUGUAGUGUUUUCGCUUCUUUUAGAGUACCUACCGUCCGCCUACCAGCGCUGGCUGUGCUGCCAGAAGGCUCACAGUCUGCUCAUGCUCAACGGCCUCCUUCUGAUUGUCACACCUGAUUCACAUCAGCAGCAUCGAAACGCCGCCAUGAUGAAAAGUUGGCGAGUGGCGAUUGAAUCCAUGGGCUUUCUGAGGUGGCGUUACAUCAAACUAGACCACAUACACUGCAUGGCUUUCCGCAAGGUGGAGAAGCCGGACAGCGGAGACUGUUUACUGGAGGGUGUGUCUCCUGACAUGCUGCACAUUCCUCAAGACUACAACAACGCAAGUUUAGAGACAAGUAUCUUCAGUCACUCAAUGCCAUUCACAACAGAAGAUGAAGACUUUUUCAGACAGUCUCUUCACGAGUUGCCGCAUAUUGCUUCGGAUGAUGAAGAUUUUCUCUGAGUAUAUUAUAUCAACUUCAAAUGACCUUAAAAGGGUUAUUAUCCCGAUGAACAAGCUUCUAGAAGGGUCAGUUGGUAUGAAAAUGUUUUAAUUAAUCCCACCAAAACAUUUGGAAAUGGGAAAUGUCUAGCCAGGUCCAGAAACAUUGUUGAGGUGGUAAGGAGAGUGUCAAUAUUUAUACGUAUGUGUUUUAACAAUGGUGCCUAGUCUAAGUCAGUUUUUGACAAAAAUAUAAUUCAAGAAAAUCGGUCUUUGAAUCCCAUUUCAUUUUAUAUAUUUUGAAUAUUUUUAUACAUCUAGUCAUAACUAUGUGUAAGUAAUACGCUACUUAAUACCAUAAUAUCUAAUUCAUUACUGUCAAUGACCUAAGGUAUUGUUUAUAACUCUAUGUCAACUGUUGUGGUGCCCUAAUGAAUUCUCAUCUACGUGAAUCCGUUGCAUCGGAUGGAGGUAUAUAUAUUUCCUUCCAGAAACUGCAGUCCUGAAAACACAUCUUAUUCUUAUGAAUUUACAGAUUUAGUUGCAGGCCAUGUUGAUGUGUUUUGUUUUUCUGAAUUUCUGUGCCAAUAUGAAAAGACAAGAAUAUAGAUAAUGUGGCGAGAGGUCAAGUACAAAGAGAAACAGAAUUGAAUAUCAUCAUGGGUUCUUGGAGCAAUAAGCACAAGUAUCCCAGAAACUAUAGAGGUAUUGAGUUUAAUUUAGAGGUUGCAAUGCCAGUCAUACUGAGAUGGUUCAACCUUAUAAAUCCCAUAUUGCUUCUGAUGAUGACAAUUUUCUCAGAGUACCGGUAUAUUUUAUCAAAUUCAAAUGACCUUAAAAGGGUUAUUAUCUAGAACUAGAUUCUAGGAGGGUCAGUUGGUAUGCAAAUGUUUUUAUAAAUCCCACCAAAAUGCAGUUCCCUAAUGCAUUGUUUUUUCAUUGAUAUUCCAUGAGGGCUGGGAAGGGUAACUCGGGUACUCGGGUCGAGUGGGUCCUGAGUAGGACCUGGGGACCCACAGGACUACCCGGACCCGUGGUCAGUCAGGUGAUAUAUUGUUUACCGACAAAAAAUCACUAUAGCUCAGUGGUUACACUACAAGUCGCUAAUAUUCGAAUUUCACGUUCUUCACGUUCCUCACGUUCCUUUUGACUUGUAUAUGUUUGAUUAAAGAUAAAGCUUCAGUCAACUUCAGUGUAUGCAUGAUCUGAUUGUUUGAUACAUGUAUCUAAAUAGUUUUGGCCAGGGCCUGCGGUAAAACAAUUCCCAGUCAGACAUUUUGUCCUCACUCUCGAGACCUACAGUGAGUAUCCGGGUAGGGUCAGUUAUAGAGGGUCGGGUACCAGGGUAGUAAAUUUGGACUCGUCCCAGCUCUAUAUUCCACACGAUAGAUGCAUACUUUUUUAUUACAUUUAAUUCCUGGUGGAUUUGCUUACAGCAGGGUUUGAACCAAGACAGAUAUAAAAGUUUGUUACUUAAAUCAAAACUGCAGAUUCAUUUGUUGUAUUUUUUAUGCUUUUGUUUGGAUUUGUUCAACAUGUAUAAAUUAUUUACAUCAUACAUAAAUAUUUGUCAAAGCAAACCAAAACAGCGAGGAUUUACUUCCGAAAAUUGCUGGUAAUGUAAGUAUCAACUGGAUCAGUUAUGUUAUAGGUCAGAUCUCUUAGCCUUCUAUUACUUCACCCCAAGUAUCAAAAUGUGUAUUGCAAAAUGUUCGGAAAACUAUCAAUGACACAUGUUGAAUGGAAUGAUUUUUUGGACCAAUCAGUUCAUUACCACACCCCUCAAGUUUCAUAUCACUUGAGGAAGGUGAACUGCGGUACCUGUGGUACUCUGGUCUUAUAUUUUGCAAAUGUAAAGGGCAGACCAAUUUUUACCUUAAAAUACAUAUCAAAAGGAUUUGGUAAUUUAGACUGAUAAUAAUACAAUUGCACUGUUUGAUUGGCAUUUUUAGGAAUUGGUAAGUAACAUUAAAGGUAAGAUAUUUUGUUAUAGAAUAAAGAAGCUGUCAUAGAUAGCAUAUCUUGCCUUUACUAAUAUAACUGCAGUUGAUAGGUUCCUAUAUCUUACAGGGGCACGGGUGGCCCAGUCGUCUAAGGCGCCACGAUUCGCUGUGCAGAGUUGCAUCCCUUGGACACGCCAGAAACCUAUGAUUGUGGGUUUGACUCCCGGUUUGCCCCAAUUAUGUUUCUAGGUUUGUCAGCACCAUACCCGAGCUCGUGGGUUUCACCGAAUUGGUAAACGGCUGAAACCUGCGAAUAAGCUUGCAGACUAACUAUGGCUGUAAUGAUUCACCAAAACCUACGAUAUAAUCGAUACUUAGAUACACACGAUACUUGCAUCAUCGGUUUGUGAGAUCGUGAUACACUAUAAAUAGAACAGGAACUUAUAGAGUUACCUCCCGUAAUAGCAGAAGUAGCACAACGCCACCUGUAAGUAUGUCAAAACACAAGGAAGUGGUGUCCCAGGACGCACCUACUAACUUUUACAUUUAAUAACCAUCCCUUUACUCAAAACUGUUUUGAUCUUGUGGUUUUCUUUGUUAAUUUUUUUUAAGAAAGAGGUUUUAGAGACGCAUUUCAGUGAAUUCAUCAGUUCAUACUAAUUGAUGUGGUGUAUCGUGAUACCAGUUGCAUCUUCAGUCUGUAUCGUGAUACCAAUCAUAUUGCAAGAUACCAGGCGAUACUCAACUCUCAGCUAACACACACACACAUGCAGACAUGGAAGUACUUGUAUUUGAUGCACUGCAUUAGAAAUUGGCAGGAAGGUAUUCAGAUCUUCAUUUCAGAUUCUAUGCUCUGCGAUAUAUAUCACAGAUCUGAAUGAGCCCCUGUGACAGACGGCACACCCCGGUGAUAACCUGUCAGACCAGUGUUGUUUCUGCAGAGGUCUACUGCUUAUUUGAUUUACCGGUCGCUAUUCUCUCAAGUUAUAUUUUCAGCCGUCUCUAAACUCUAUUUACUUUUCUUAAGGCUAUAAACAGUAUUAAAACCUGAUGUACAUUUAAUUUGCAUUGAGUGAGUGAGUGAGUGAGUGUCUGUCCACAGCAUCUGCCAUCUCCAGCUCAUCAAAUCUAAAGCUUCAUUCCAUAUUCCACCCUAUCUCCAUUUCAUUUCAUUUCUAAAUAAUUAAAUUGGUCAUUACAAUCAAAUCAUCUUUUAUGUGUUACGGUAAUUUUCUCCCCACAUUGGAUUAUUUAUACACCAGAAACGAUCCCUCCUCUCAGGAUGGCAUGCCAUUACAAUCCAACAAUGACUUGAAGACCACAAACUGCAUUGUUAUGCUUCAUCACAGUACAUACAUGUACGCUUAACCCUAAAAAUAAAUGUUCAAUGAGAUGCUUCAAAUAAUGAUAAUUCUGAAUUAAAGACAUAUAAAUUGAAAUUGUUAUUGAAAUUUGACUGGAAAGUAGCUUUUUUAGUAGCAGUUAGUACUUUGAGUAGAGGAUUGAUUAUGCUUGUGGAUAUUUGAUGAUGCAUAAAGAACUUUAUGCACUCCAGUGAUAGAUGUGAUGGGACAGUCAUUUGCAGCUUCAUCGCUUGACUUGUUUAAUUUGAUUGGCAUUCUUGUAAAAACUUGACCAUGCAUAUCUUCAUCUUGGCCAAUCACUCAUUAUCAUCAUUCAAGUCCCUAAUAUUUGAGUGAAUAAGUAAUUUCUGUUUUUUCUUACAAUUCCAACUAUUACCUCGCUAUAUGCUUCCAGUUUUUUGUAAAUAUUUUGAGAAUGUUGAAGCAAUGUCCUUGAACUUCUUGGCAUACCAGAUGUGGAGAGCAGAAGGGUCGGAUGGCGCAGGAGUAGGAACUUUGUUGGCCCCGAACUGUACAAGUUUGAUUCCUCAAUUUACAUUGCCCCUGUUUUCUGAUUAGGGAGUUAUGGUGUAAUACUAAACAAAAUGUUGUUAAGGCUAUAGACAACAUAUAUUGGUUGUCAUGCACUACAGCUGAAACAUCAUUUUUUUUACUACUGGGUGAAAUUUCUCAGUGUUAUGUAAAGAAGACUGGAAAUUGUCUAAGUUUAUUUAAUGAGUUGGUUGUGAGCAUUUAUUUAUUGUGUAGUUUAGUAUUAUUGCUGCUGGUUUAGCGUCAGGUUUAGGUCUGAUACAUGUUUUUUUCAACUAUUUGUCUUGCCUAUGGACCAUACUCUCAAGAUCUUCUCUCAAGCAACAGUCCCAUGGGAAUUGCACAUGGGGCUCCUAAUGUUUGUUGACAGGAGCUACAAAAAUUACAUCUUCCACUCAAUCAGCAGCUAGCUACUGUGAGUAUAUCAUAUUGUCACAUCAUACAGUCACAUCACUGAGUCACAUCAUACAGUCACGUCAUCGAGUCAAAUCACUUUGUCAGGCUCGCUGACUUGGUUGAUGCAUGUCAUCGUAUCCCAUUUGUGUGGAUUGAUGCUUAUGAUGUGAAUCACUGGGUUGUCUGGUCCAGACUCGAUUAUUUACACACCGCCAUCAUAUUGCUGGAAUAUUGCUGAGUGCGGCGUUAAACAACAAACAAACAAAAAACAAACUUAGUCACUUCAUACAGUCACAUCAUUCACUCACCUCCAAUCACAUCACUUCGUCCUGUUUAGUCACAUCAUUCAAUGUUUUAUGGCAAUGAUCUGAGUAGGGAACACAAGCAGCCAAGACAGCUCCACCUGAUACUAACUUUAGUCAUCUUGUAUACGAAACAUAAGUUACCUAUUCUUCAAAUUUCAUACUUCCAUUUAAUAAUUGUCUGUGAAGGUGCCUUGGAAACAUGUCUAGGAAUGAAUGUGGAGUAAUUUGACAAUGGCCAUACAGAUGUAACUCAUUACCUAUUGAUUGGUUACCUUGUAUUUGAUGUAUGCGUGGGGGAAGAUACAGUUGGCCCAGUGUUCUAAGGCACCGCAAUCGCUGUGAAGAGUUGCAUCCCUUAGGCAUGCCAGGAACCUAUGCUCAUCGGUUUCACCAAAGUGUUAAAUGUCUAAGACCUGAAUCACUUUGGUCUUUCCUCCACCAUCAUGCUGACACAACACCAUAUACUAACUGGAUUACUGUUCACAGCAGCGUUAAAUCAAACUCACUCACUCACUCACUCACUCACUCACUCACUCACUCACUCAUUUGAGGGUUUGUCGUGGAUCAAUCUCUUUAAAAUCAGAUCUCGC